GGGUUUAGGGAUUUUGUUCCAUAUUUAUAGCAAGUUAGAUUAUUUGGUGAAGUGAAGCUUUCUCAGAUCUGAGAUCUAAGAUACAUGUUACUUUGAUUAGUUUAGACUGCACAACACACAGCUUGUGUUAAAGGUCUGGAUAAUAUAGUCUAUACAGUUGCCAGUAGUUGUAUGGGCAACAUACAUGGCUGUUAAAUCAUUUUUUAAGGGCCAUGGGAGCCUGCAUUUCAUCUAUGGUGCGGCGAAUAAAACAGGCCAUGGAAGCCUGCGUUUCAUCUAUGGUGCCGCAAAUAAAAAAAAAACAGGCCAUGGAAGCCUGCGUUUCAUCUAUGGUGCCGCAAAUAAAUAAAAAACAGGCCAUGGAAGCCUGCGUUUCAUCUAUGGUGCCGCAAAUAAAAAAAAAACAGGCCAUGGAAGCCUGCAUUUCAUCUAUGGUGCCGCAAAUUAAAAAAAAACAGGCCAUGGAAACCCGCUGCGUUUCGUCUGAGGUGUGGCAAAGAAAACAAAGAGAACAGGCCAUGGAAACCCGCUGCGUUUCGUCUGAGGUGUGGCAAAAAAAACAAAGAGAACAGGCCAUGGAAAUCCGCUGCGUUUCGUCUGAGGUGUGGCAAAAACAACAAAGAGAACAGGCCAUGGAAACCCGCUGCGUUUCGUCUGAGGUGUGGCAAAAAAAACAAAGAGAACAGGGGUUGUAUAUGAUGCCCGGGGCUAGUUCGGGGCACGAUUAUAUUGAUCGUAAGGUUAAAAUUCAAAUUACGAGUGCAUUAGGAGUGAGAGACAAUGGAGAAAAUAUAAUCGGAUUAUGCGGGCCAAAAAAAAGAGUCGAGCGUUCUGCAUUAACAGCUAUAAGAACAGCUGAGAAAGAUCAAUUGUUCCAAAAGAUUGUCACAACAACUGUAACAAAGAAGCCAGACAUUACAAAGAUUCAAACAGAAAUUGGCUAUGCAAUAGGUCUCAAUUUUAAUAGUAAAAGAAUGAUAACUGCAGAAAGAGCUGAUCUUCUUUGUGCUAAGAUGAAAGAGCUGCAAACAGUCCUGAUUGUAAUGUAUGAUCUUCAUGGUCGACUCAAUUUAGGAGAGAUUGGUAUCCCCUUUGGUGAAGAUCAUAAUGGUUGCAAGAUAUUGCUCACAUCUACAAGUUUGGAGGUUUUAUCUGAGCAAAUGAAGGUUCAUAAAUUGAUACAAUUGUGAGAGACAUGACAUGAUUCUCUUCCAACAAGAGCGUUUGUAGCAGAGAUGAUGAAAAUCAUAAGUCCAAACAUGCACAUCGUUUGGAAAACACCAUGUUGGAGAGAUUAGAGGUUGAGAAGUGCUUUUGUAGGUAUAGAUGAACUAAGAUUUUGUAUUCUGUCAAAUGCUUGUGUUUGUAUUAUAUCCGAGACAUGUAUCCAUUAUGGUAAGAUUUCCCUUUUUCUUGCAGUAAUUUCCUCUGUGGCUCUUUAAAGGGAGGGGGGAAUUCACCUUCCUCUCUAAUAAAAUGGUUUGAACUAGGUUUGGUAUGGUUUGUUCUGUUGUUAACAAGUCAUGGUUUGCUAAAUAGUAUAACAUAUUGUAACUGUUUAAUUUUCAAAGUUUAAUUUAGAAUUUUGAAUAUUAA